AUGAGAGUGGUUGAGACCGGUGCAGUGCGGUUGCUGGUGACAUGCCUUCAGGACGAGGCUGUAGCGCGGAUAUCCCUCUCAGUGCCGAGUGACGUGGCACGCCACUCGCUGCUGCACGCUACAGCCGUGGCCGAUGCGGGCGGCAUUAACGCCAUCGUCACUCUGUUGGGAUCACCUGACGUCAAGACAAGGCUCCAGUGUUGGACCAGCCGGGAGCGUCCCGUCUGCUGCUCUGCCUGCACGACUCCUCCCCUUCCCUGCGCGCGUCAGCAGCAGCGGCAGUGA